GUCACCUCUGUACUAAUUACCCAAGCCGUAGCUUUAGUGCUGCUUCUUUUCAUUUGUAUUAGAGGUGCAGCAAACUAGAAAGAAUAUCAGAGGCACAGUGAAUGCACAGAAACAUUCAGUUAAGGAAAAGUACUAUAAGUAAGACACAGACAAUAAUUCUGCUGAGAAAAGAAAUUCUGUCGUCAAAGAAGGCACAAUGCCAUUAAAGGUAGAGGCUGGUUCGGUCUAUGGACGCAUGAUUGGCCCCAGCCUGGCAGUCAGUCUGGGGGCUUCAGAGGCACUUCCUCUUCUCAUCCCAGAAGAUGAGCCAGAGCAGAACUAUUUGAAGCCACUGACCAGAGCAGAGCUGGAGGCAGCAGCUGGAGGACCAGGCUGGAAGAAGUUCCGCUCUCGCCUGGUUCUUCUCUUCUGGCUAAGUUGGCUGACCAUAUUGGGUAUUGCUAUCACCGUGAUUGUACAGAGCCCACGGCCUGUAGCUCAUCGCCUGCCCUGGUGGCAGAAGGAGCUUUUCUACCGCUUACAGCCUGCCCUGUUCAUGGAUGCAGAGUCAGGUGCUAUAAUCAGAGUGUCUGAGAGGCUGCCAUACCUUAAGUCUUUAGGAGUUGGAGUUAUUAUAUUGGAGGGAUUAUUCAAGUCGGAUAUCUCAGUCUUAAACCUGACUCAGAUUGAACAGAGACUUGGAACAUUACCUGAGUUCCACCAAUUCAUCACCAACAGUCAUGCAGCAGGUAUGAGGGUCAUUCUAGACCUCUGCAACUACAAGGCAGAGAUGAUAUCAAAUGCUUCUGAUUAUGUCCAGGAUUCAUUAAGGUACUGGCUUGAGCAAGGUGUGUCAGGAUUUGAAAUCUGCAAUGUAGGCACUACGUUUACUGAGAAGACACUGCAAAUGUGGAAAGAAGUGGUCAAGGAGUUUAACACAGAUGGCAAUGAAAGGAUAACGAUGGUGAGGGAAAUAAGUGAUUCUGUUCCAGGGCUCAAUAUUUCCGAGUCAGCAAUAAACAGCUCUACGUUUGAGUUAGUAUCAAAGUUUCUGAUUCCUCCAUCCUCACAUCCAUUAUCAGCCUCUGAGAUAGCUGAAGAAAUGGAGUCCAUGUUGAAGAACCUCCAUGGAGAAAGGCCAAGCUGGAGAGUGGAUGGGCCUGUAUCCUGGAAUCUGCAGAAAAUUGUCAUGGUUCUGAUGAUGACCCUGCCUGGAACUCCUGUUAUCAGAUAUGGUGAUGAGAUCAGUCAAGCUCCAAGCCCACAUCACCCAACGCAUUCCACAGCUCUCUUCCGCUCUCUGAGCCGCACACGUUUUCAUGAAGAAGCUCUCCUUUAUGGCACCUUCACCUUUCUCACUUUCAAUACCACUUCCCUCAGUUUUGGUUCCACAAACUCCACAAACUCCACAGCCACAUCACCUAUGGCAUACCUGCGCUCAUGGGGGUGUAUUCAUUUCCUGGUGCUGUUUAACUUGGGUUCAGAGUCUCAUGCGCUAGACUAUAACUGGACAUUGAAUGUUCCUGAAAGUGGAAUGUUUGUAACUAGCACAGGUCUGAAUCGCGUUGGUCCAGUGACUCUUCAGUCCAUAACACUCCAACCUUACGAAGCCAUUGUCAUUAAGCUGUUUGAGACAGACCCUGAUUUCUGAGAGGCAGGAAAUAAGUACUCUUAGGAGUAGCCUGAAAUACCAAUGGAGUUUAUUGGAGUAUGUUUAUAGUAUGUCUAUAGUUUCUUCUUUUAACCACAUGAGGUCACUCUAUUAUACCUGCUACAGUAUAUCUUACGUUUCAAAGGUUUGGGUGUGACAGAGUUUUAAACAAACAGGAUUUUGUGGUUUUUCACUUUGCGACUUCAGCAUUUUCCUCAGAUGUGCAGAUUAUUAAUGACGAUGUGAAUUCACAUUACUCAGAAUUGACCUCAGACAAACAACCAUGGCCAAUACACAUUCCCUAAUUUCCUGAAGAACUCACAUUCAUUCCCUUACUCAGAAAAGAUCUGUUUUAAAUUAUUCUGUUGUGCUCAUAUCCCCGGGAAUUAAAAACCACAUAAAACAAAAAUUCAUUAGAAUACCACAAUUGCUAUAAAAACAGAUUUGCCUCUCUGUGGACCUGCAUGACCAUGGUAUUGAAGGCAGAAUAUAUUCAGACGUCAUUUAUACACUUGUAAAUAGACUUUUCUGUUAACAAUAGGAACUCAAACCCCCUUUUCUUUCAAUUAAUGUAAAAUAUUUCAAAACUAUUGGCUUGAUGUUGUUUUUGAUUAUUAAUAUUCUACAGACCACAAGAUUGUGGUGAGGUUGUGAUGCUUGGUUGCGAGGUUGUUUCAGUGAUGCACAGUUCUGAUUAUCUUAUCUUCAGGGUUUGCUAAUGAAAGUUAUCAGUACACUAUCAAUAAGACCGUAUGAAAAGUUCAACACUAAUGAUACAGCAACAGAUAAGUCAGUUCCAUUGUCGUCAAUGUAAGAAAAAUGUGUCAGACUUUCAUCCACUGUCUGCUGGUAUUUCUCAGAUUAUACACUGAAUAUUGCAUUUAGUAAAAGGCAGAUCUAUAAUGCUUGGUCAGCAAAGUAAAGGUAUCUGUUUCAACAGCUUUGCAACAGUCAACAUAUCAUUGCACAGACAGAGCUGUUCAUGCCUGUGCUAAAGUUAGAAUUCACAGACAGUCUGCAGACUGACUAUGGCAUUAGACCAUGGUGACCAAUUUACUGAUUGAUUGGGUGAUGCAGUAAUCGUUCUUGUCUUUUAAGUCAUUAUACAAUAAUAAAGUCAGAGGGCACAAAAUGUGUACUGUGAUAGGAAUUGCUCAAACUAUUACUUUCCCAUGUGCAGAAAUUAUGAA